AUGCAGCACAGGAAAUAUCCAGCAGAAGGAAUCAAGAAAAAUAGCAAUGAUAUAGAGGUUCUUAUAAUGAAUACAACUAAACUAGAAAAAUACUUAAUUAUACAAAUUUCUUUAGACAAUAUUCCAAUGAUUACUAUUGCGGACUUGAAAGAAAUAAUCAAUGAUUCAACAAAUACACCAGCUAGAAUAAAUAAAAUUGAAAAAUUAAAACUAAAAAUAAACACUAUUGUCGAAAACGGAUGUUGGGAAGCUGAUGACAUCUUUUUAGAACACAAUUAUUCAGACUCCACUGUUUUUGAUUGUUUAGUGUAUUAUCUUGCUGGGUAUAUAUCAAAACGUUUAGUAGCCCAGAGUAAAUGUGAAUUAUGUAAAACACAUUUAAAGAAUUUAAAUACCUCUCAAACUGGGCCUGAAGCUGAUCUCGUUAAUAUAAAAAAUAGAGGCUACCUGACACAUCCAAACAAUAACAUUUUUAAAAUAUUCAAAUUAUUAGAGUUAUCAUUUGCUAAAUUUGCUAAUACUCCUAAUGUUUUUGAAGAUGCUUUUGAACAUUUUUUAAGUCAAAAUGUAACUUUCGAUUUUCCAUGCACUGAACAUCGAACAGAUAUAUUAAUGGAUAUGUAUUCAUAUUACCUGAUCAUGAGAAUGCGUCAACACAGCUAUCAACAGAACCAAAAUAACAAAAAAAUUAAUAAAACAAAAAAAAAAAACUAUCAAAAUUGCUUAGAAGUUAAUAAAUAGUAUUAUAUAACACUGUUAUGUACUUACUUUUUUUUAUUUUAGGUGGGUAUUCUUAAUAUAAAAUAUGCUAAUAUGUAAAUAUUUUUUAAGCAUUUUAUUAUUUAUAUUAAUUUCUUUAUAAAGUAGUAUAUUAUUUAUUAAGUUCAUUUUAGUUUAUUCAAUACCUAUCUAGAAUUGAAUGAUCCUAGACCCUAGUUCCAACCACGGCUAUA